CGGAAGAGAGCGACUCUUUUAUGGAGCUCUUCCCCGAACGCAUCAUUUACAUAGAGGGCGGACGCACUGCCAGCGGCUUCUUCACUGUGGAGGAAGUGGAAGUGGCCAAUAGGAUGUAUAGACUGCACGAACUCUCCAAUAGGCAACUCUUCAUGGAAACAGUUUUGUUGGAGUGUUCGUCAUUAGAUCCGCGGUAUAUAUUUCUCGUGGAUUCCGGAUAUAAGAUAUAUAUCUGGAAUGGAUUGAAGUCGAAGAAUACGAUGAAACAAAAGGCGCGACUAUUGGCCGAAAAGAUCAAUAAUGACGAGCGAAAGAACAAAACGGAACUUAUUUUCUGCACUCAGGCCUCAGAACCGCCCGAGUUUUGGACGGAUUUGAAUUCCGGGAAACCGCUCGAAGAGCUGCCGGAUAUUGUAGAACACGUUAACGCCGACGCUUUCAAACCAUACGAUCCCAUACUGUAUAGAGUGGACCUCGGAAUGGGUUAUCUAGAGUUACCACAAGUCGAGUAUAAGCCAAAAACAUUGACCCGAAAACAUUUUGAUACCAAAAAUGUUUAUAUUAUGGACUGUCGUUCCGAUGUCUUUGUUUGGAUCGGAAGAAAGUCCGCCCGUUUAGUGAGAGCCGCGGCCCUGAAGUUAGCGCAAGAAUUAUUUUCAAUGGUCAGCCGCGCGGAGUUCGCUGUUGUUGUUCGUUGUCUCGAAGGCACUGAAACGCAAACAUUUAAAUCGAAAUUCAUCAGUUGGGAUAACGUGGUUGGAGUGGACUUCACUCGAACGGCAGAGUCCGUACAGAAAACGGGCGCCGAUCUGACCAAAUGGGUGUCAAGCCAUCAAAUGAAGAUCGAUUUGUCGGCACUGUUUAUGCCACGACAGCCGUCGAUGUCUAAAACAGAAGCCAAUCAAUUGACUGAAGAGUGGAACGAAGAUCUCGAGGCGAUGGAAGCCUUUGUAUUGGAGGGCAAGAAGUUUGUGAAACUACCGGAACAAGAAUUUGGUCACUUUUAUAGCGGCAAUUGUUAUGUGUUUUUGUGUCGCUAUUGGGUUCCACUCGAGUCGGAGAACACGUCCAACGAAGACAACGACGAAGACGUUGAGGACGACUUCCAUUGCGUGGUAUACUUCUGGCAGGGAAGGGACGCCUCCAACAUGGGUUGGCUCACCUUUACGUUCAGUUUGCAGAAGAAGUUUGAGUCCAUGUUUGCCGACAAACUGGAAGUGACGAAAACACAUCAACAACAGGAG